AUGCAAGGAAGAAUAGCCAAAGCAGUCUUCUCCUCCAGCCAGCAAGACCAUCUAUCAUUCGCAUUCGAGGACUACCUCCGGACUAAUCUCAGAUUCGGCGCUCACAGUCCACCACAGCAUGAAAGAGCAGGAGCCAUUGUAUGCAAACAUUGGCUGAGAGGCCUUUGCAAGAAGGGCGAUCAUUGUGAAUUCUUGCACGAAUACAACCUGAAGCGUAUGCCUGAAUGCUGGUUCUUCAACAAGCACGGGUACUGUUCGAAUGGGGAAGAAUGUCUGUACUUGCAUAUCGAUCCAGACGCGAGGGUAGGCGUAUGUCCCUGGUAUGAGAUGGGAUUUUGUCCAUUAGGUCCCGAGUGCCGACAAAAGCACGUGCGGAAAACGAUGUGUGAACUCUGGCUGGCAGGUUUUUGUCCGGAGGGUUUGGAAUGCGAGAAUGCCCACCCCAAACACAUCAAGCCUCCACAGCCACCCCUACGAAGACAAAAACGAGAACCUAUACGAGAGGAAGCGACAACUGAGGAGUUUGCGUCGAAACCCAGGCAUCGGGACAUCUCUGAUGUUACUUGCUACAAGUGCAAUGAGAAGGGCCAUUAUGCAAAUCACUGCCCGCAAGGACGCCGAAACGACUAA